AUGGCCGAUGGCGACGAGUUCUACGUGCGGUAUUACGUGGGCCACAAGGGGAAGUUCGGUCACGAGUUCUUGGAGUUCGAGUUCAGGCCGGAUGGUCGCCUCCGGUACGCGAACGAUUCGAAUUAUAAGAACGAGAAGAUGAUACGAAAGGAAUGCUACGUGACUCAGGCAGUGAUGCGUGAGCUCCGGAAAACCAUCGAGGACAGCGAGAUCUUGAAGGAGGACGACAACCAUUGGCCCGCUCCAGACCGGGUUGGGAGGCAGGAGUUGGAGGUCGUUUGCGGAAAGGAGCACAUUUCUUUCACCACGUCGAAGAUAGGAUCGUUGGCCGAUGUGCAGGCCUCCAAGGACCCGGAGGGGCUGCGUGUGUUUUACUACCUGGUCCAGGACUUGAAGUGUUUUGUAUUCAGCCUCAUGUGGCCUCCACUUCCGGAUCAAGCCAGUGUAAACGGUGCAGACCCCCGGGGCUGCCGAGAUCCCCCCGCCGGCCCUGCCCGGCCCCCGCCAGGCCCCGGGCCGGGGUCCAGGCCGUGCUUCUGCAGAGAGCGGCGGGGAGGGGGGGGGGCGAACAAACCCUGCCCCGCGGGGCGCGAAAGGAGGGCGCAGGCGGUGCAGCGCCGGCCGGCGCGCCAGCGGGCUGCCGCCGGCUGCCGCCGGGUGCGGGCGCGUUCUCGGCGGGCGCCCGCGCGCGCCCUUUGA